AUGACUCUCCAUGGCCUCCUCGUUCUUUUAACUUGCCUUUCAUGGGCUACGCGAACCCUCUCACUUGGCGUCCUCCUUCCGCUCUACGUCUAUCCAGGCAACAACUGCGCUGCAUGGAACUCUGUUAACAGCGCGAUUUCAACACACUCAUCAACCCAGUGGUACAUUAUUAUUAACCCGGACUCGGGACCUGGCAAACCGGAUACGCUCUAUCAGAAUUGUGUAGCUGCUCUUUCUCCAGCAAAGAAUCGAGUAACUUUGGGAUACGUCGACACCCGAGGAAAUGUUCAAAGAGAUAUCGACACCUAUGCGAGUUGGCCCUCCAAUGCACGUCCGACAGGAAUUUACUUCGAUCCCAUCAGCCCCACCUCAGGCAAUCUCAACACAUAUACGAGUCUCGUGUCAUAUGCGAGGAGCAAAGGCUUCUCUUUCAUCGGCCUAGACCCAGGGCAAACAGUAUCCGACUCCUACAUUGCACUGGGAGACCUCGUGAAUACAUACGAAUCGUCUUAUACUUCCUUCACACCCUCUUCCCUCACUGGUGCACUUUCCAAACAAUCCGUGAACCUCGAGAAUGCGCCGUCUUCGGGGUCGUACAGCACGGUCAUCGACCAGCUCAGCAGUAUGGGUGUUGCUGCUGUUUAUAUCACCAAUGAGGAUGAUACCAACCAGGCGCUUCCCUCUCAGUUGAACCAGUUUGUUAGCGAGGUGGCUAAUACGGGGUCAACAUCCGAAUCUUCUGGAGGCUCAGGCUCUUCGCCGAGUGGAUCUUUGCCUGGUUCUGAUCCGAACAGUAGCUUGCCACCGACCUCGCCCAGCACAGUCCCUCAGCCAGUUUCUUCCAACCCCGUAUCGCCAUCUAUAAGCGGUAUCAACUCCAAGGAUAGCGGAACACACUCUACUGCUGGCAAUUUUGGUACUGCGUUCUCCUCUGCUUCAACUGUUACCAGUGGCAGUCAUCCGGACUCCUCGUCAGGCAGUGGUGCAAACUCGAACUCUGGGACAUCGCGCCGCCAUGGCUCAUCGACCAGCGCCAUUGUGGGCGGAAUACUUGGUACUAUGGUUGUGCUACUGGGUCUCAUUCUUCUUGUCAUGCGUAUUCGCAGACGCAAGAGGCGUCUUAACACCACCUCACCCGAAUCUGCUGUUCUGCCGUUCACCCAAGUUGGCCGUUCAAACUUGCCGCCAAUAACCAUCUCCGAAGAGAUGACCAUCGGCCAGGAACAGUCAUCUGUCGGUGAUGUGAUACCGCCCUCCCGCCAAUGGGCCACCCAACACAGAGCCUUGGAUGUCAAAACCCCAUUCUCGGGGGAUGCAGAUACCUCGACCCGCCAACCUACUGAGCUAACUACUGAUUCCGCUCUAAUCAGAGAGCGGAACUCAUCAUUGUCUGCGAUUUCGAUCGCUGGGACUGGGAUCACGGUUCCUGUUUAUGUUGCUCAGCGCGAGUCGUUGCCACCACCUGCGUAUGAUGACUCAUGA